GCCCGAGCCGUCUCCCGCCGCCGCUGCAGAAUCGGCGGCGCCGCCGCUCGCCUUCCAGUUCGGCCCUUUGCCGCAAAACAGCAAGAGAAAGAAAUCAAGCAGCCACUCCUGUCACUGACCAGUCAAGCCCACCAGGGUCAAUAGACGGAGUUCCCAGGGAGAAAGCUGCUGACAUCUGAGGCCAAACCACUUUGAAUGGCUUUUACCUUACCGCUGACCUGGAAGACUUUGACUCCUGGUUACAAGGUAUUUCCUGGGCCCUGAGCUGAGGGCUACGCAAGGGAGGAAGGAGAGCGACAUCACUCCCCGUUUUGUCUUUUAAACUUUUCACCUGUCUUCUCGAAACAUCUUAUUCCCAAACCACCUCCCCAAGUCAAACCUGAUUCAUGAAAUGGAACUGAAGCUGAAGGAUCAUCUACUUCUUUGUCUGUGAACUGGAGACACUUCUGGGAUGGUCUUGAGCACAUCUGACUAGACGCUAACUGCAGCUAUGAGUUCAGACGAGAAGGGCGUAUCUCCUGCUCACAGAACAGCCACUCCAACCCACAGAAGUGCCUCUUCUUCAACACCCUCCCACAGGGACAGUCGGCAGAGUAUCCACGUCCUGGAGAGGACCGCCUCCUCCAGCACCGAGCCCUCUGUAAGUCGGCAGUUGCUCGAACCGGAGCCAGUCCCCCUCUCCAAGGAAGCUGACAGCUGGGAAAUUAUAGAAGGGCUGAAAAUAGGCCAAACCAAUGUCCAGAGACCAGACAAACAUGAAGGCUUUAUGCUGAAGAAAAGAAAAUGGCCUUUAAAAGGCUGGCACAAGCGGUUUUUUGUCCUGGAUAAUGGGAUGUUAAAGUAUUCCAAGGCACCACUUGAUAUUCAAAAGGGGAAGGUCCAUGGAAGCAUUGAUGUUGGACUCUCGGUCAUGUCAAUUAAAAAGAAAGCUCGGAGAAUAGACCUUGACACAGAAGAACACAUCUACCAUUUGAAGGUGAAAUCCCAGGACUGGUUUGAUGCAUGGGUCUCCAAAUUGCGUCAUCAUCGAUUGUAUCGGCAGAAUGAAAUUGUCAGAUCACCAAGAGAUGCUAGUUUUCACAUAUUUCCUUCAACCUCCACAGCUGAAUCCUCCCCAGCUGCUAAUGUUUCUGUUGUGGAUGGAAAGGUGCAAGCCAACAGCUGCCCGUGGCAGUCCCCUUUACCGUGCAGCAACAGCCUCCCCGCUACCUGCACCACCGGCCAGAGCAAGGUGGCGGCCUGGUUACAGGACUCGGAAGAAAUGGACAGGUGUGCAGAAGACCUUGCACACUGCCAGUCAAACCUUGUGGAACUUAGCAAACUCCUGCAAAAUUUGGAAAUACUUCAGAGAACUCAGUCAGCACCUAACUUUACUGACAUGCAGGCUAACUGUGUAGAUAUUUCAAAGAAAGACAAGCGGGUCACAAGACGAUGGAGAACAAAAAGUGUCAGCAAAGAUACAAAAAUACAACUGCAGGAAGGGCCAUCUGCGAAGGGCCAGUUCAGCACCACUCGGCGCCGGCAGAGGCUAGCGGCAGCAGUGGCUACAACAGUCCCUUUCAGUGCUACCAUGUCACCAGUUCGCUUGCAUUCCUCCAACCCCAACCUUUGUGCAGAUAUCGAGUUUCAGACUCCCCCUAGCCACCUCACAGACCCUCUGGAAAGCUCUACGGAUUAUACAAAGCUUCAAGAAGAAUUUUGUCUGAUUGCACAGAAAGUGCAUUCUCUUUUGAAGUCUGCAUUUAAUAGCAUAGCUAUAGAGAAGGAGAAGCUUAAGCAGAUGGUUUCCGAGCAGGAUCACAAUAAAGGCCACAGCACGCAGGUGGCACGGCUCCGACAGUCACUGUCUCAGAGUGAAGGAGCAAGCAAAUCCUGGGCACUCAACCAGAAUGCUGAACUAAGAAGUCGGUUGAACAGAAUACAUUCAGAAUCUAUUAUUUGUGAUCAGGUUGUCAGUGUAAAUAUUAUUCCUAGCCCUGAUGAGGCUGGCGAGCAAAUCCAUGUCAGUCUCCCCCUGUCACAGCAGGUAGCCAAUGAGAGCCGCCUGUCCAUGUCAGAGUCUGUCUCCGAGUUCUUUGAUGCCCAGGAGGUGCUGCUCUCUGCAAGUUCGUCAGAGAAUGAGGCUUCAGAUGAUGAGUCUUACAUCAGCGACGUGAGUGAUAACAUAUCUGAAGACAACACCAGUGUUGCAGACAACGUCUCUCGGCAAAUCUUGAAUGGGGAGCUCACAGGAGGGGCCUUCCGAAAUGGCCGUCGAACAUGCCUGCCAGCUCCCUGUCCUGACACCAGUAACAUUAACCUGUGGAAUAUCUUGAGGAACAACAUUGGUAAAGACUUGUCUAAAGUCUCCAUGCCUGUGGAGCUAAAUGAGCCCCUCAACACACUGCAGCAUCUCUGUGAGGAGAUCGAAUACAGUGAGCUUCUGGACAAGGCUUCAGAAACUGAUGACCCCUAUGAGCGCAUGGUUCUUAUUGCUGCAUUUGCAGUUUCAGGAUAUUGCUCCACCUAUUUCAGAGCAGGAAGUAAGCCAUUCAACCCUGUCCUUGGGGAGACUUAUGAAUGCAUUAGAGAGGACAAGGGAUUCCGAUUUUUCUCAGAACAGGUUAGCCAUCAUCCACCCAUUUCUGCCUGUCACUGUGAAUCUAAGAAUUUUGUGUUUUGGCAAGACAUCAGAUGGAAAAACAAGUUCUGGGGGAAGUCGAUGGAAAUCCUGCCUGUUGGAACACUGAGUGUCAUGCUUCCCAGGUAUGGAGAUUGCUAUGUAUGGAAUAAAGUCACCACAUGUAUACAUAAUAUUCUCAGUGGGAGAAGGUGGAUAGAGCAUUAUGGAGAAAUAACCAUUAGAAAUACCAAAAGCAGUGUUUGCAUUUGCAAACUCACAUUUGUCAAGGUGAAUUAUUGGAAUUCUAAUGUGAAUGAAGUCCAGGGGGUCGUCAUGGAUCAGGAGGGGAAGGUGGUGCACCGGCUGUUUGGGAAAUGGCAUGAAGGGCUCUACUGCGGCGUGGCCCCUUCCGCCAAGUGCAUCUGGAGGCCAGGUUCCAUGCCAACCAACUAUGAGCUCUACUAUGGCUUCACAAGGUUUGCUAUUGAGCUCAAUGAGUUAGAUCCCGUACUGAAAGAUCUCCUUCCACCAACAGACGCCCGAUUCCGGCCAGAUCAGAGGUUUUUGGAAGAAGGAAAUUUAGAAGCUGCUGCAGCAGAGAAGCAAAGAGUAGAGGAGCUGCAGAGAUCCCGCAGGCGCUACAUGGAAGAAAACAACCUUGAACAUAUACCAAAAUUUUUUAAAAAAGUUAUUGAUGCCAAUCAAAGAGAAGCCUGGGUUUCUAAUGAUACCUACUGGGAGCUGCGAAAGGACCCUGGGUUUAGCAAAGUAGACAGUCCUGUUCUUUGGUAAACUGGGAAUGUAGAGCUAGCCAACAUAUCACGCUCUGAAUGAAUAAAUAACUAUGCACAAUUAUGUUUCCUAGAGCUCCGCGUGGUUUCUGGGUCGACUCAAAACCAACCAUUUGCUUUUCUACUCAUCUUUAUAAUGGACUUUCAGAAGUGCAUUAGACAAGGCCCCUAACCAAUUUUGGAUCCUUUCUGUUUUGCUGCAACCAUAUCCCUUAAGAAACAUCCACGCCCUCCUUGAAAAGCAGAAAAAAAAAAAAAGGAGCAGAAUAUAAAAUCCAAAGUCUGAUGUGUUUGUAAGGAAAACUAACUGGUGCUUACCGCUGAUCCAGAGAGUUAAAAGCAACAUGACGUAUGAACCAUGCGUUUGGUCCUUUGUCUGGAAGCACCAUCCCCUCCUCAGAGAAGCUCCUGGGCCCCGGCAGCUGGUCAGCUCAGACUUGGAGUGUGUCUGUUGAUGUGGUGUACUUGUGCUGACCUUGUCAAAAAAGAUGUAAUACUUCUCAGAACCUGUUCCAUCUGUACGCCAUUGUUCAUGCCUUAAGAAAUGCAAAGAUGUACAAUAAAUCAUUUUUUAAAUGUGUGCUCAUAGGUUUAUGUGAGAGACAGCUCUUUUGAAUCAUGGCAUGAUUCACUUUCUGGGAUCAGAACAAUUAUGAGACUAACACAUGGAUUUUUACAAAGUAAACAACACAGGCUUUACUUUGAUCUAUCGGCUACUGUAUCAUAUAUCCGAAGGGCAAGAAGGAAAAGGUGUGCUCAGUAGAUCUCUGUAUUCACAUUGCUCGUCAAGUUCCUGUCCUGCGACCCGAUAAUAAAUCCUCUUCCACCUAA